GCUUGCGAAACACACGCUAUGCUUAUGUAUUCAACCUGAAUUGGGCGCCUGAAUCGAAUUGACUACGAGUACGCAGGAAACAACGUGGCCUGGGCUUAAAUUUAUUCAAACCGAGUUAGCUUUUGCCGCAUACGUCUAGCCCCUCAUUCCGCCCCUUGAUCGCCUUUGCACGGGGAAUUCAUAAUACUGACAAGAUUCCCGUUUCACGGUCUAGUCAACCUGCAUCAUGGCUCGGUAAUAUCCGUGCCAAUGCUAAGCUACUGUGGCAAUACCGGCGUUCACGAGAAUGAUAUAAACCUUGACUCGCAACAAACUUUCAUCCAAGCAAAAGUGACUUCUUAUGCAGUACCAGCGUACCAACUCUAAUUCAUCGAUGGCAUACUCGGAUAGCUCAUCGAAUUCCUCUGCAUCAUCUCCUCCCCCUCAGCUUGUUGCAUUACCGUCCAUGAGGCACUCUCUCGCAGCUCUGCCGACCAUGUCUGCGGUGCCACACGAUAUGAUACAUUAUUCGAAUUCAGGAUCGCAUAGUAGAGCGAAGAUGGAGCAUGCUAUGCAAAAGCAGAGGCAACAUGCAGCUACGCAUCCCUUUGCAGCCCUCAACGCACACGACAUGAGACGUACACCUAGUCCGUCGUGCGAAGAUGGGCACAUUACUGUCCGAAGACAAACCAAUACUAGACGUUAGACUGCGAUGUGACAGUGCCUCUAAUUUGGUCACUUGUUACUGCGUCGCCACCGCAGGACGGAAUGGCUAUGUAUGGGAUGAUACCCAGGGAUCUAUUAUAACACCGGACGUUAAUUUUUGGGACUUAUUACUAUUCGCGAUCGAGGAGAAGCCCGAGAUCAAAACAAAAGUACUGCGGGUUCAGCAGCACAUUCUAAUGUAUCUAUACUUCACAUAUACGGCUGUUCGUUACAGUAUGGGUAGUAUCACAAGCCGGUCCAGUUGGGGUUUA